AUGGGCUUCAACACUCCUGAUCACGAUACCAUGGCCAAACUCAGAGAUGAGGCUGAGAACAACCACAAAGCCUACUGGGCCGAGAACGGAAACGGUUAUCAACCCACUGGCAAGUACUUCCCCGGAUUCGAAGCUGGAUGGGCCGAUGCCUGUGCCGCCUUGUCAUCAGGAAACGAUAUCCCAGGUGACGUAGCUGGAUGGGCCAAGCAAAGAGCUCAAGAGACCGGUCAUUCUUCUGAUGACGAUUGGGAAUGGGAACAUGGUUUCAAGUCUGGUGCUGAGGCUGCUAAACAAGCUGGAAGCAACUAA